AUGGUGGCAUUGUUUUUGGUUGAUGACUAUGUUAGUGCGGAAUUACGGCAUUGGUGUUUCUUGGACGCUUGGACAGGUUGUAUGUCUUGGCGAUCUGAAGCCCAUAAACAGAUUGUUCUGGCCACUGACGCUAGUUCUUAUAAAUAUGGCGCUGUUGUCUUGAGAGGAACUGACGGCAUUCCACCACAGACACUUUGCGAUUAUUUUGGUGCAGUGGAAAAACCGAUUCAUUUAAAAGAGGCUGAAGCGGUUCACAAUUGUCUUUUGUCAUUUGAGUCUAAGUUAAAGCAUCAUCGCGUUGAUGUUUUGGUUGACAAACAAGUAGUUCUUCAUGGAUUGCAACUUAAUAUUGAUACAAGAAAGAUUGAGGAUCGACUCUCCCUCUUGGACAAGAAAACGGACCAGUCCAACUCAGCUAAGCGAAAACGUUUAGCGGCAUCUUUGGCAGAUUUCUUAUCCAACCUUCCUACUCCUCUUACAUUAUGUAGUUGCUCUCCUGAAGAUAUUAGGAAAUUUCUGGUUUGGAAAGAUGAGUUCGGGAAGACUAAGAUACAUACUGCUUCUUGUCUAUACAUUGGUAGUUCUGACUCUCGGGUUAAUUGUGCAUGCCCACUUCGCCUCGCUGCAGGGACUGUAGAAGGUGUGAUAAAUCUGUUAUGUAGAAUUUUUGAGGAUCAUGGGUUUGGUCGUUUUUGGGAUAGCAUGACGAUGCAAGGGUAUCCCGUAUGCUCCCAAAUUGUCAAGGAGUAUCUUACGCGAAUACGUGAGGAGCAAGCAAAGGCAAAUGUUCUUCCGAAACAGGCAAAACCUAUUUUCAUGAGUAAAUUGCGCCCUAUUGCUCGUUAUAUUGACAUGCAACUUGCAAGGUCAGAUAUAACAUCCCGGGAGAGAUAUGUUCUUUUAAGAGAUCAAGCUUGGUUUAAAUUGCAGUUCUUUGCUGGAGAUCGUGCGGGCGAUCUGUCGAUUUUAUUGUCACAACAGAUUAGUAAACGUUUUGUUUGA